AUGAAACAUUUUGCUGACAUUCAUCGUCGUGUUGUCUCUUACAAAAAGCUUGGGAAACGCUACUACGGUCCUUUUGAAAUUGUUGAAGCCAUUGGUCCUGUUGCUUAUCGUUUGGCCUUACCAGAUUCUGCCAAGAUUCACCCACCACUUUCCAUUUUGGAUUCCAAAUGGGAUGAUUCUGUUGUACCCCCUCGGCAUCUAGUUCUUGUUCAAUGGCAUGGUCUCCCACCAGAAGAUACCACUUGGGAGUCAUGGGAUUUGUUAUCAGCUCACUAUCACCUUGAGGACAAGGUGUCUUUCCAAGCGGUGGCGAAUGAUAGGAACCACGGCCUAAUAACUAAAGUUGUUAUUAAUGCUGAGGAGGAACCCAAUCUGACAAAGAAUGGGCCUCGGAAUGAUGAAGGAGUUAGGCCUAAACGCAUCACCAAACGACCCUCUAAUUGGGAGGACUACGAACACUAA